AUUAGUGCAGACUGGGUUAUUUGACCUAUGCACAGUAGCUAAGUACACAUCUGCUAAAUAUAUCCCCCAAGUGACUGUGAGUCUAACUGCUUCCUCACUCUCCAGCCCAUGAUGCCAAGGAUAAUUAUCAUCUGCUACUGAACAAUGGCAGGAGCAAAAGAGAACUCAUUAAACAAAAACUAUAUCUGCAAAUUUCUAGUUUCAUGUUUCCUAAAACAUAAUCAUCUGACAAAAUUUUUCAUUUUUGAUUUCUGUUUGUUAAAAUCUGAGUCUCAAUCCAGCUGAUUAAAUAUGUACACGGCAAAAAAAAAGGCAAUAAAAAUUUUGGCUGAGAAAUCCUCCCAUACCAGUAAAGACAUUAAAACAGUGCAGCACUAUUUUACCAGAAGCCUGUGAAAGCUGUAUUAAUAUUCCAUCAUACACAAACAAAAGGUCAGAUAUGUAAAUGCAUACAAAGUCUUUCUUAUGCCGGGAUGAUCUUUACAGAAGCCAUAAAUUAAAUAGGCCAAAGAUUAGGCUGCAGUUUGGUGGGGUGACAGGAUGAUGGAAGGAGUGAGGUGGUGAAAGAAAAAGAAAAUUGAGUAACUGAAGAACUAGGGGCACAGUUUUUGGAUACUUCACAGGAGGUGGCAUGUAGCCAGUUCAACAGUAAGAAUGUAUUAAACUUGAACAAAUGCAACAUUACAGAUCCGUAUUGAUAUCUCGCGGUUCCAGAGACCAAGGUUCAAUCCUGUCGUCAGGGGCUCUCUGAUCAUUGUUUUCACCUUCUCCCAACGACUACAAGUUUCCCAUGGAAGCUCCAGUGUCCCCAGAAGCCCAAGGGUGUGCUGGGAGAGUUUCAGUCAAUUACACUUUAGUGGCAAGAGGAACCAAAUCGGCGUUGUCAGUGUAUGAGAGUGAAUAAGUUGCUGGGAACUGGAAAGAAAGGAAAGGGGAAUGUGCAGCUGGAAUUGUUCUGCUGGGUGUUGGCCAAAGGGCUCAAUUUGACCUCUCUGUGGCAUAGUAGAGCAAGUACCGUAAAGGAAGUUCUAUCCUAACAUACAUGAAAAAAGAAAAAGUUUUAACCAAACUUCUGAAAGCACGCUGUGAGAUGCACGGAAUGCAGAACAGUACAGCAUCGGAACAGGCCCUUUGGCCCCCAGAACUUCAUCUUUUUUUAAAUUCUUUUUCUCUAUUUCCAUGGCUUCCUUCUCCAGGAAGUCCCAGAGGUCUUUGGUGCAGCACAGUAGUUUCAUGCAGUCAAAAUUCAAUCCUCUGGCUAUGCAUUGUGAAUGCAAUGUUCUGCUACCACCGAUUUCUCCAGAUAACCCAAACAGACACACAUCCUGUGCUCCUUGAUGCGGGUUUCCACAGUGCACCCCAUCUGGCCGAUAUACACUGCUCCGCAUUCAAAGGGAAUGCUGUAAAUGCCAGACAACCUGAGCUCCAGGUCACCUUCAACCCACGUAAGCUGGGAUUUGAGCCUUAUAGAUUUGCAGAUGCCUGUUUAAGAUUGAUAGCUGGGGGGACGUUACGUGAUGACGGAUUCCAGCUCCCUCGCAAAAAGUAAUGAAAUAGGGUUUAAAUGAAGAAGAGUUAACAAAUAUCUACUAGAAACUAUUUAUAAGCAACUCAGGAUUAUCUUUUGAUAUGGCUCCUAAACCGAAACAGAAGAAAGCUACUACUUCGAAGACUGCGCAAAUCGGCGGGGAAAAAGGCCUAACCAUCUCGGCGAAGCCUCGGACUCAAGUUGGAUCUCCUCCCGGCGAAGUGCAUGGCACUUCUGAUGAUGCGGGAAAUGAAGUUGCAGCAAUGUCGGCGGUCUCUAAGAAGAAACGGCAAGAACAACGCAUGCGCGAAAGUAUGCCUGAACAGAUGUUAACAAAACUACAAGCUUCAACUACGGUUGGAAGUGAAAUUGAAAGUGAGUCGGAAGUUGAAACAGACUCUUUGGGAAAUCCAGAAGAAAAAGAAGAAGAAAAGAAGGCAGAGAUUAAAGGAGACAUAAAAGAUAUCCUGAUAUAUAUAAUGAAUGAAUUAAAAGUUAUAAGAACAGAUAUGGCGAAUGAAUUUAAAGCUAUAAGAACAGAUAUAAGAAGCAUACAGAAUACACUUGAUAAUGUGGUGGAAGAACAAAAGAAGAUGGAUAAUAAAGUUAAAGAGAUGGAAGUAAAAAUAGUAGAAAACACGAAAAGAAUAGAUAAGAUAGAAUACGAUAAGCUUGCCUGGACAACAGAAAGAAAACGGAUGAUGGAAAAAAUGGAUGCACUUGAGAACUCUAGUAGACAAAAUAAUAUUAAAAUUGUUGGUCUUAUGGAAGGUACAGAGGGAGAAAAUCCAAUAAAAUGCUUUCAAGAAUGGAUCCCGGAAAUUUUGGAAAUGAAAGAAGGAAGUCAAGUAAUUGAAAUUGAAAGAGCACACAAAGCUUUAAGACCACUACCUCAACAAGUUCAAAAUUCGAGAUCAAUUUUGAUAAAAUGUUUAAGGUACCAAGAUAAAGAAAUGAUCUUGAAGGCAGCUACUCAAGGUGCUAAAAAGUGAAAUGGGCCAUUGAUAGUAGAAGGGAAAAGAGUUUUUUUUUAUCCAGACAUAAGCUACGAUCUGUUGAAGAGGCGGAAGGAAUUUAAUCCGGUGAAAAAAUCUUUAUGGGAAAAGGGCUAUAAAUUUUUAUUGAGCUACCCAGCAAAAUUGAUAAUCUUCCUGGAUAACAGAGAAAGAGGAUUCUUCGUUGACUACCAGAAAGCGGAGGAAUUUGUACAAGAAUUACCUGAUGCCCAUGAAGAGGACUAAAGAAUUAUAGAAAUGAAAUGGACUAAUGAUGAAGACUGAAACAAGGGGAGCUGGGGGAGCUCCUGAUCGAUAGCUGCGAGUUUCACGUGUACAAUCAUGGCGAUUGCCAUGACCCGUAAAAUGGGGGGGGGGGUAAUGUUGUGUUCUUUUUAUUCGCAACAUUAGUGGGGGGG